AUGUCUUCACUACUCGAAUCAAUUGGUCUGCGACAGGAUCUUGUGCCUCUGGCUGCUGUUGCCCUCGGUAUUGUUUUUUUCGUCGCGGUGUAUGAAUGGUUGCGAAAGGGAAGAGCUGCUAAAACUGCUGCCAAACCUGAGGACAUAGAAUGGAAAACACCCUCCCCAAAGCCUCUUCCCGACUUUGAUCUCGACGUCACCAAACCCCAACUCUACCGUCCCUUCCGCCAUGGUCCCAAUCACGUAACAAUGGGCAUUCGCAAGCUCGACUGGAAUAACUGGAUUGAGAUGGACUCCAACUUCAUGUGGUUUCACGACACUAAAGUUUCAGAGUUAGAAAGAGACAUUGACGCGCAUGUUCAAUAUGUCGAUAACGCGGUUACAAGAGAUGCUUGUUUUGAGGUACUCGAGGAGUUGACGGAUUGGUUGACUGUGCGAUAUCCUAAGAUCUUUUCGCUGGAGGGCGGCAAGUUGAGGAAUAGUCUUACUGGAGAGGUUUUCGAUUAUCCUGCUAGCAACCCUAAGGAAGCAAUGGCUACGGCAGCGAAAUUGGUUCAGGAUGAUCUAGUCAUUAUGGUCGAGGAAGAUGACGGUCACUAUCACCUAGACGCAGGAGCUGUAUGCCUCCCCGGCUUCUGGCGACUGAGCGAGAAAUUCAGAAUGUCUCUUGAUACUCUACACAUCGAAGCCAAGGUUCCCCACUACCAGACCAAGCUGCAGCGGUCUAUGAACAAAUUCUUCAAGUCUAUGCAACCGGAUAAGGCAGUAGUUCGAAACAAUUUCUUUAUUCAACUUGACGAUGGCCUUCACUGGUCUCAUAGAAUGGGCGACCAGAACAGCAAUGAAGUAGCCUCAUGGGAAACUGCCAAUGACAAAGGUCUCACGAUCGGAGAUCUCUAUUUCCGCUCCGAACGCCAAUCCCUCCGCCGUCUUCCCCGAUCUAAAGCUCUGCUCUUCACCAUCCGAACGUACUUCGAGCCGAUUACACGUAUCGCUCAGGAACCGCAUGUUCCAGGAAGAUUGGCUGAGGCGAUCGACAAUUGGGAUGAGGCUGCUUCUUUGUACAAAGGGAAGCAUCACUGGGAUGGUAUCCUGCUGCCUUAUCUGCGUGAGCAGGAUAAGAAACAGAAAGAGAGUGGUAUUUUAGAGAAGGCUCCUGAGGGGAGCUUUCCUUACUAG